UCUUUUCAUAUUUUUUAUCGGGUAUAUGGCAACUAAGUAAAUGCAUUGAGAAGUCUCUGCAUUCGGCCCUGGUACAUGUCUUUUACCUUGAAAACUUGUUGUAUGUUGGAUGAAUACAGAGGACUCCUGGGGGCGGGGUAACGUUAAUGUCAAAUGUGCAUAUGCUAAACCCAGAGAGGCACAAGUACAGCGAAGUUACCUGUCACGAGUAAUUGACACGAAUGCAUCAUGACGUGACCUAUUGUCGGUUAAUUAGCUCGCUACCUAGCUAAGGUUAAUUUGGUUACUACAAUGCGACGCUACUUUCGUAUACUUUUAUGUUGCACUCUACUGGUAUUUUUCUCUGCAUUGUACGUAUUCAGCCAAUUUGCUUCCUCCCUUGAGACAGAAGGUGGAUUCUCCGAGAGGCACGCUCAUCGAGCUAGCUCUCGAGGAGAUUACAGCGGUCAUGAAGUCAAGAAAGUGCCUGGGAAAGAAGGCCCGGCUGAUCCGGGACAGUAUGAAAGGUGUAAGAGUUCAGUGUCUGUGUCAUACUGGAAUCCCAAUUGGCGAGACUCCCCUGGGGGUUGUGGAAUGAACUGCUUAAUGGAAUCAGCGUGUAGACACACAGCAGACAAGCCAGGGUCUGUCCAAGACGUCGCUCGAGUGGAGCCCAUGCACCUCGCCGUCGUGGCCUGUGGCUCUCGGCUCGUGGAGACUCUGGCCAUGCUGAAGUCUGCAGUCCUCUUCAGCAGCAAGCCUCUGCAGUUCCACGUGUUUGCAGAGGACGAGCUGCACAGUGGCUUCAAAGAGGCUCUUGACUCCUGGCCAGCAGCCUUCCAGGCCAAGUUCAACUACUCGUUGUAUCCCAUCACCUUUCCAAGUGAGAAUGCAAGAGAGUGGAAGAAGCUGUUCAAGCCUUGUGCAUCUCAGCGGCUCUUCUUGCCUCUCCUGCUCAAAGACGUAGACUCGCUGCUAUAUGUGGACACAGACAUCCUGUUCCUGCAGCCAGUGGAAGAGAUCUGGAACUUUCUCUCGCAAUUUAACUCUAGCCAGUUGGCAGGCAUGGCGCCUGAGCACGAGGAACCUCGUAUUGGCUGGUACAACCGCUUUGCCCGCCACCCAUACUACGGCAAAACAGGCGUAAACUCUGGAGUUAUGCUCAUGAACAUGACCCGUAUCAGGGCCACACACUUCAAGAAUGAUAUGACCUCAGUUCCACUCCUAUGGAGGGAACUUCUGAUGCCACUCCUGCAGAAGUAUAAGCUGAACAUCACAUGGGGCGACCAAGACCUCCUAAACAUAAUAUUCCACCACAAUCCAGAGGGGCUGUUUGUGUUCCCAUGCCAGUGGAAUUACCGUCCCGACCACUGCAUCUACGGCAGCAACUGUGCCGCCGCGGAGCAGCACGGAGUCUUCAUCCUCCACGGCAACCGAGGCGUCUACCAUAACGACAAGCAGCCCGCUUUCCGAGCCAUCUAUGAAGCCAUUCAGCAGUUCCCGUUUGGAGGCGACCCAGUCGGCGCUCUGCUGCAGCCCCUUGAGGAGUCGCUCCGGGACGCCUCGCACACCUACUGCGGAAGAGUCGGCCACCUGUUCACCAAGCGGCUCCGGCACAGCAUUGAAGCUCUCCGCACAGCCCCUCUGAGGAAAGCCUGACCUCCAUUCCGUCCAAGUGUACUUACCCCAGUUUUUUGUUGUUGUUGUUGUUUUUGUGUGUUUUGUUUUCUAAGAAGAUCUACAUCGCACUGAGGCGGCUGUCUUUGUUGGACAGGUAGCUUCGUGGAGCCAAUUGAAUGACUGGAGUAGAGGGGUUGUGGGAACACUCUUUGUACUGAUCUCACUUUGCUGAGUUGUUAUCCCCACGAGUAGAAAGGCCAAACGUAUCGAGAUGUGACAAUCACAUUCCAUACCGUUCAGGUAGUGAGCUGCAGUCCCCCAUUCAGAUUUAUCGAUGAUGGCCAACAAUUCCUGGAUUUAAACUGGCACCAAGUUCUCUAUUUUGACUAUUACAUGCAAGAGAGAUUGCACUAUAGAGUAUGAGAUAUAUAAAUAUAUAUAUAUAUUAGUCCUUGACCUACUGGACUAAUAGUCAGACUAGUACUUUCACAUGAAUCCAUGUGUUUUUUUGUGAAACCUGUGAGUAUUGAAUAUCAGCUAGGACAAAGAUGAUGACAAAAGAAAAAAAAACAUUGAUAUAGAUAUAGAUAUAA